AUGGCCUCCGCCAUAUUCCAGAUCAUGUCCGACCUCCAUCUCGAAACACACCCUUCAUAUGAUCACUUCGACCUUCAACAAACAGCUCCUUACCUUGCACUGUUGGGAGACAUCGGUCACGUUGGAGAUGAACGUCUCUUCAACUUCCUGGAGAAACAGCUAGAGCGAUACUGGGUCGUGUAUUUUCUACUCGGAAACCACGAACCGUAUUUUAUGUCGCUGGCCGUCGCAAAGGCCAAGGUUAAUGCGUUCGCCGAGAAGAUGAAGCGCCUAAAUGCCAAAUCAACGAUCGGAAAACAUGACCUUACCGGAAAGCUCACGAUUCUGGGAUGCACGCUCUUUUCCAAGAUAACUGACGAUCAAGAAGACGCUGUAGCCGGGCGGCUAGUGGACUUCAAGGCUAUUCUAAGGUGGAUAGUUGACGAUCACAACCUUGCUCACGAAACCGAUCUCAGAUGGCUCAAUGAGCAAGUUGCAAAAGUAGAACGAGAAGAGCCAGAGCGAAAGAUUGUCAUCUUCACACAUCACAGCCCUUGUGGUGACGCAAGGGCCAACAAUCCCAAACACCAGGGAAGCGAAGUCAGUUCAGGCUUUGUAACUGAUCCGAGAGGUGAAGUGUGUUGGAAAAGUUCUGCUGUGAGAAUGUGGGCGUUUGGCCAUACGCAUUACAACUGCGAUUUCGAGGAGGAAGUCACAGGCAAGAGGAUUUUGGCCAACCAACAAGGGUAUCUGAUGAUACCGGAGAAGACUUUCAACAUGAAAGCCACUUAUCGACUGGGCGAGUAG